AUGGCGCCGAAGCCCACCUGGUGGACCGGGCUCUGCAGGGCGGAGAGCCAGGCGCCGCACCGCGGAGCGGUCGCGCGCAGCGAGCGCCCGCGCCACCCGCGGGGCGCGCCGCUGACGCUGCUGGCCGCCCUGGUCGAGCACGCGGCGGCCGCGCCUAGGCUCGGCAGGAAGUGGUCUGGGGCCGACGCCAUCCUGCGCGCCGUCAAGGUGGCCAUCGCUGGGGAGUGCCCCGCGCCAGGCCGGCCCCUGCUGCCCGCGGACGCGCUGCGCCGCUGCGUGGCGGUCGCACUGCCGGCGACCAGCAAGGCUCCUGGCCAGGCCCUCGCCGCCCUCGGGGGGGCCCUGCAGGCGGCCGCUGGCGACCUGCAAGGGGUGCCUGCAGCAAAGGCCCCCGAGAUCAUCCUGAAGGUGUGCGCCGCGGCAUUCCCUCAGGCGCCUGCUUUCUUGACAAUGUGGCAGGACCGAGGAGGAGACCCGCCCUCGGACAAGGACAAUUCGUGA